GUGCCUGUCUCUCUGCCCUCGUUGAGCACGCCGGCGCCGUCGUCCUGACUGUCUUCACCGCUCCGAACGUGCUGGCCAUCGCAGGACGCACCGGCUCUUCCUCUUCCACCCUGGUCCCCCUCUCCGUCCCGUCUUACCCCCACGCUCCUUUGCUCUUUCGCGUUCCUCUCUCGCCACCCCGUCGCCAUGGCUCACCUCAUGCACCGUGAACUUGCCGCUCGCUGCGUCCAAUGCCCUAGCGCUCCCCCAUCGUGCUCAUGCACCUCUCAGGACCAGUGUGUUUUCAUCGCAUUGAGCUGUGAUGCUUGCCCGUCGUACCAGUGCGUAGCUCCAACCUCGGACUCGAAGUCUGGUUCGAGCGGGGUGAGCGGGGGUGCCGUUGCUGGUGCCGUCAUUGCCUCCUUAAUCUUCCUCGUGCUGGUUCUGGGCGCCUUCUGGUUCUACCGCCGGCGUCUACGCCAGCGACAGGCGGCGGAGGGUGGCGUGGAGGGCAAGUCCGACUCUCCCGCGCGUGCGGAGGACGUUCUCAACCGCCCCGACCCGAACGAGAAGCCUGACGAGCCCGAACCGGCGGCCUUGGUGAGGAUCUACACCGGCUCGUCAGUGGGCACGAUCAACCUCGACCCCGCGUCCCAAGGCGCUUCCACCACGCGUGCCAACGAUGGCCAUGAGCGCCAGUCCACUCGAUCGAAUCCAUUCAACGACAGCCAUUCUAUUCAGACAACAUCGACUGGCACGCGGUCCAACGUCAUUCCCAUUGCUCUGGUGCCACCCGCGACGUUCGUUCCGCCUCAGGCCGUGCAGGAGUCGGAGGCAGGCGAUCAUUCGACGGUGGCGACUGAUGGCUCGACGGGCAGCUCUUCCCGGUUGGCCCCUCCACGACCGGAGCGCGACCCCAGCCUCGACAUUGGCGUCAAGGGCAUCGAGGUCUCGCAUGACGCAGCUGCGAGGCCCUACGAUGCGCAAUCGCAGCAUACAGGUCUUUCCAACCGCGCAUCAUACUUGUCUACAGGCAGCUUCGCGAGCGAUUUGCUCACAGAGGCACCUGUCAUUGUGCGCCCGACCCGCGUGGUCGGUGUGGUCAAGGCCGAGGUCAUCCGUACGUCUCCUUCUAAGGACAGCCUGCGCCCUCCUCCAGCAAGCAACCGCCCGCCUGUGCGUUCUCCGCUCGCGGCGACCAGCUUCGGUCCCACAGAUGUGUUGCGGGAGGUGCCGGAGGGCCAGGAGGUCGGCACGCAAGGAAAUCCCUUCGGAGACGAACACUCACCCUACAACAGUGGGCAGGGCUCGCCCUCGCCCUCGCAGACGACGUUCGGCUCGCCUUCCAUGCAGGACGACAGUCAAGGCAAUCGCCUGAGCACUUACACGCAGGCAGCCUCUGUCAUAGGAUCCGUGAUUGGGGCCGAGAUCGGUGGUGCGACGCGAGUGCAUCUAGGCUUCGAUCAUCUCCGUGCUAAUCCACCCUCGACUGGCGAGCCCAUGCCGCAUACUGCUUCCAGCGGUGUGCUCAACUCGCCGCGCGGCGUAUACAGGAUGACUAGCGCUAAACUCGUCAAUACGUCGCCGUCUGGAAGCACCGGGCCCACUGGUACCCUCGAGCGUCAGCAGCACCAGGCGAUGCAGCAGAUGGAUGUCCCGAACAAGCGCGUGUCGAUGACUUCAAUGGCAGACUCGAUCCUGGAGGGCUUCCCCUUCGUGCCGCCGUCGCCGAUCUCGAACCGCCCUAUCCGCACGCCGCCUCGCUCGCCUCUCGCGCAGCAGUCGUUUGCGAAUGCGAACAACGCGCGGGAUGCAUCACCUUCGCCCGCACCCUCAUCCUCGCUCAGAUCACCCCCGCCCCGAGACCCGCCUGCACGUGAGAGCCUGAGCGCGACAGAGACAUCGCUGUCUCCGCCCCCAAGGAAGGCACGGGCGUUGUCGGUUGCAUCGCAGUCGUCCACGAUGACGAACGGGCUUUCGUCGUUCCCCUUCCAGAUCGACGCUGGCGCGUCCGACAAUGCAUCUGCGGGCUCGGCCCCAUCAUCGUUCGUGGGACGGACACGAGCCAGCCUGGACACGCUCGCGCUGACGAGCGACCUGUCGUCGUACCCGCUCAAUUUCGAUAGAAGCACGCCGCCGCCGGUGCCGCGGCGUUAA